AUGUUUCUUCAAAUUGACCUCAUCAUGGCUCUCCAACGACAACAGCUGAUCAACAACCUGAUCGCCCUGCACCAAGCGAUGCUUGUUCGAAAUGGGCCAAGUGCUUCUCCAGCUCUCGAGCUUCAACGAAACUCCACCACUUCGACUUUUCCUUCCAACUUUUCGUCCAGCGAAAGCAGCUCAGCCAGCGAGGCCAGCGAAGUUCCGACUUCGGAGUAUUUCUCGGACAGCUCUUCUUCCAGCGCCGCUUCGGAAAUGACCAGCGGCGCGAUCUCCUCCACCACUGGCCUCACCCACGCCAAAGCAGCCAAGGGCAGCGCGUCUAGCAAGAGCUGCAGCUUCUGCCCAGCAACCUUCAAAAGCAACACUGACCUGGCCCGACACGAGCGAAUCCACACUGGCGAGAAGCCCUUUGAGUGCUCCAUCUGCCACCGCCGCUUCAAUCGCAAAGGCAACAUGGAGAAACACAUGGGCACGCACUACAAAGGCGCCGAGAAGUUGAAAUUCAUGCAGCACCGCGUUUUGCUGAAGCCCUUUUCCUGCGCCUGUGGCAAGAAUUUCCGCAGCCGCGGCUUCUACGAACGACACCAGGAACGAUGCGCCCUCGAACUCCAGAAUAUAAAACCAGAAACAGAACAACUGAUCGACGUCGAAAACGACUUCGAAUAA